AUGACGAGAUCAACUGUGGUACGGCCAUCCGUCCUGCUGCUCUUGACUCUGCUGGCCAGCAUCCGACCAGUACAAGCAUCUAACUCUUUUGAUCUGCUGUCAAGAAGCUCAGAUACGUGUCCCACCUCAUACACUCGCUGCGGCAGUACAAAAGCCUCAAAUGAUUUCUGCUGUCCUUCAGACUCCACCUGCAUCAGUCUAGACCAGGGCAGCUCCUCUAUUUGCUGUCCCGCCGGCAAAGACUGUAACUACAUCUCGCCUAUUACGUGUGAUAUAAAGCAGCAGGAUGUCACCCUCUACCCCGAAAGUGUCAUCAAAACCACCCGUCUAGGCGACAGCCUCCCCAAAUGCGGCGAUGCGUGCUGUCCGUUUGGCUACACCUGCGAAGGCGGCAACACUUGCUCCUUGAACCAAAAAACCUCCACAACGGGAACAGCGCUAGUAUCCUCCUCCUCUACCAAUGUAGUAUCGUCAUCGACAACAGCUACAACAUCUGUAUCCAGCUCUUCUACCAACGCAGCAUCAUUAUCCACAACGGCCACAAGCUCAACAGCCCCCCAGUCAACCAUCACACCCGUACCAUCUCCCUCAUCCGAAAAGUCCGCAAACUCCACGGCAUGCGCAGAACUACCAACCGCAUGCCCUUCCUUUCCACCUGGAGCCAUAGCAGCAGGCUUCUUCCCCGGUGCCGUCCUCGGUGCUGUCGCCGCCCUUUUAAUAUCUCUCUGUUUCCGACGUGCCCGAAAAGACCAAUGUGAAAUACAAGAAGGCAAAUCCGGACCUAACUGGUCCCAGCGCUCUUCUUCCGGAGCAAUCUUGUGCAUAUCAAACCCCAUACCCCAAGACGAUACCUCGUACCGCACAGACUUCCUCCGAAGCCCACCGCGAGUCAAGCGCUCUUCUACAGGAGGACGCUCCACUCGCACAAUGAUUCACCGCACUGGCACCAGAGUGCGAAGUCUAUUCUCCGGUUAUCCAAGAGGAAACCCCCGACUAGACAAGGAUGUGCCGCCUAUUCCUAUGCCAAUCCCUAUGCCACCCGCUCCAUUUACUCCGCCACGGCAGCGUCAGCCGAGUACGGAAAGCAUCAAGGUAUAUUCACCGCCUGAGUCGUCGUUCUCGCAAUCUCGUACUUUCUUGGAGCCUGAGCGGUACCCUGGUAUUGCUGCUAGGCCGAAUACUACGUUUAGCGGCCUGAUGCGGGUUGUUGGGGAUCCUCAUGAUGGUAAGGAGAAUACACCUUAUCCGACUCAUGAUGAUUCUCGAGAAAAUCCGUUCCGGGAUCCUGGACGUUGA